AUGGUAUUGACAUACUGGUAUGUUUACCUUGGAUUAUUACUAGGGAGGAAAAAAUCAGUGAGGCGUGACAACAACGGAAACGUCACCAUGGACAACACACUACACUACACGUCCGUCAACCACGCCUAUCAUUUGAUUGGUUCCAUCAACCAACUUAGGAAGAAAAGCGAACUGUGUGACAUCAUAUUGAAUUGUAGCAACACGAAGAUCCCUGCUCACAAACUUAUCCUAUCAGUCAGCUCACCCUAUUUUAACAGUUUGAUGAACUUGCAACCCCAAAUUUCUAAUAAUGUGUCAGAAAUUCAUCUUAACGGCAUAGAUAGCCGCGGAGUCCAGCAAAUCAUCGAAUUCUUUUAUACAUCAGCUAUUUCAGUGAAUGAGGAAAACGUCUGGUCUUUGCUGCCGGCCGCCUCGUUACUACAAGCAGAAGAAAUCCAGAUUUUAUGUUGUGAUUUUUUGUCAGCCCAGCUUCAAGUGGAAACAUGUCUUAGGAUACACAAAAUUGCCACCAGGUGUCUCUGUUCAGGACUACUUUCGGAGACCACCAAGUUCAUCAAGGAGAAUUUCGAUAAGGUAAUUGAGGAGGAGGCAUUUCUUGACCUCGGUGUGGAUGAGUUGUUGUCACAUAUGAAAAGGAUGAAUGAGGUCGUACUCACAGAUGAACGCAUGCUGCAUGCAUUCAAAUGUUGGAUCAUACACAGCAUCGAUGAUCGCCAGGUGUAUGGACUCAAGAUUAUCAAACAGUUUCCAAAACUCGAAGAAAAACUUCUCAAUUUCAUUCCAAUGGAACUAUUGAUGGAUGAAGUGGAAGAAGAAGACUCCUUGAAUUCUUCAAAUCAAGUAAAUCCAAGUGCCCAGAUUCAUCACCAUGGCAAUGACCUUAGGACCAAUAGCCCCUUGGAAGGGUCACCAGCAAAAGACACCGAUCAGUCUCGAGUUACAGAGAAAAUGGAAGAGGAUGGCCAUAUGUGUUUUGAAUGUGCUGAGGUCUUUGACACAAAAAAUGAACUGGACAAUCAUGUUAAAACUCAUAAGUUUGGUUAUCAGUCAACAGGACUGAAUGAAAGUGACGGCCAGAAUAAUCAUACAAUCAAGCCCAGUACCAGUCCCAAGCCCGUCAGCAACUCUGCGAGUUUUUCUGAGGAUAUGCAAAACACAGACUUUGCCAAGUCACUAAAUUCCUUAUAUUUUGAUUCCGGGUCUACAACAGCUUCAAGUUCACUGUUUGAUGAUUAUAUGCGAUCCCGUGGGUUGGACGGACCAGAGUUUGGUGUGACGGCACACAGCACUCCGAAAAAUAAUUUUACUAGCUUGCUCAAACCACAACAAUUGACCAUCACUGCAACUAACUCAAAUGAAGAAGGAUCCCAACUGAACUUUAUCUGUCCAGUUUGUGGGAAAACUUACGAUGACAAAGACACGCUAGGCAAGCACUUGGAGACUCACACCGGGUUUGAAUGCAAGGUUUGCGGGAAAUCCUACACCACAAAAUCCAACUUGCAGACUCACAUGAGGAAACAUAAUGGGGACAAGCCGUACAAUUGCACUUACUGUGAUAAGUGUUUCACCAGCCUCUGUGUACUGAAGGUACACUUGCGUACUCACACUGGUGAGAAACCCUUUGUCUGCCCCACUUGCGGCGUGUCCUUCGCCAAAAACAUUCACCUAAAGCGCCAUUUGUCAAUACACACAGGAAUCAAACCGCACGAAUGCAAAAUAUGCAAUAAGCGCUUCAGUCGUUCAGACCACUUGAAACGACAUGUGCAGAGCAUUCACACACAAGAUCGCCCGCACAUUUGUUCCCUCUGUGGGAAGGACUUUGUCCGCAAGUAUGAGCUCAAUAAACAUAUGAAGCAGCUUCACUGGGGGUUCACCGUGGGAGACGAGGCCAACGACAGCCUUGACAACAGUUUAAAUGACUCUUUGCUCAACCCUUCAGGGGCCUCUAUGAACAGUUCAGAUGCUAUUAAUAGCAGCUUGCCUACAACUAUCAAGACCGAAAUGAUGGAUUCUAUAAAUAGUCCUGAUGCAAUCAACAGAAGCUUGCCUCUCACCAUUAAGACUGAGAUCCUAGGCUAG